ACAUGUCACCUUCUGAUGAGAAUGUGAUGGCACACAGGAGACCUAGCGGUGCCGUGGUUCAAGUGCAGUAUUGGAGGCAAACUCUGCCCAUAGCCUGGAGCUCAAUCUUGACAGGGCUCAAGAUUAAUUCAGCCUUCCAUCCUUCCAAGGUCUGUAAAGUGAGGACCCAGACUGUUGGGGGCAAGAUGCAAAUAAAGCUUGCGUUGUAAACCAUCCAGAGAGUGCUGUAAAGUGUUAUGGGGUGGUACAUAUUUUUAUUUAUUUUAUUUAUUUAUUUGUCAAUCAUAUAUAAUAGGUAAAAGUAUGAACAUAAUUUGGACACAUGAAAAGAGUAAGUAAAAAGGAAUAUUAGGACAGGGACGCUAGGCACGCAGGUGCACUUAUGCACGCCUAUUAGCCUAAAUGCUAAUGCUAAAGGUUAUUGCUUUCUUUAGAAACUUUUUCAACUGCUCCCUCCUUCUUUAAAACCAUGAAAACCUUUGCUAGACUUUAGGAAAGUGAUUAAAACCUGCCUUUUCUACCAGUGUCUGGUGAUAGGUGUGUUAUGAAGUGAUCCCACUGCGAAUGUAGGAUAUAGAUAUAGAUAUUUUGUUUAUUGUUCCUGGCACAGAAUUAUGGAUUAUUGAUUAAUUGUUAUAUGUAUGAUAAAUCUCAUUUUAUAGAAUAGGGUAUGUGUGCUGCUUAGAGUUGGUUAUAUGGGAGCAACAUAAAAGCCCAGCAAAAUAAUGAAAUAAACCUAUAAAUUUUGAGUACAUAGCAGGGGUCCCCAACCCCCUGUCUGUGGCAUACCAGAAACCAGGCAGCACAAACAAGUGAAACCCCAUCAGUGGGAUGCAGGCAGCACACGAGCCCCCUCCAGUCCAAGAAAAAACCUCUCUCCACAGAAUUGGUCCCUGGUGCCCAAAAGGUUAGGGGCUGCUGGUUUAUAGUAUUGGCUAGUGUAAGCCAAUAGUUUCAGACAAGAGAUGCAUCAAGUUGUAUAGCUUUAUAAGGAAUAUGUUGGAGAAAAUGGACCUUUGCUUUGGUCGAGCAAGAGAAGGAGGCUUUAAAAAGGUAAGAAGAUCUCCAGAUGAAUCCACUCUUACAUGAUGCAUAAGAAGCUCAACAUGUUUUGUUGGCCCGAGACCAAGCUAUUAUUUUAGAAAGGCAUUGAGGCAUUGUGUACUCCCCACUGUUUGUUCAAAAGGCAUUCCCAGGGGAUUUGUGCUCUCUUGUUUCAUGAGCCUCCACAUUGUUGAUGCUGACUGACGUUGAAGCACACCAGCUGGCCAUGUCCAUCACCGCAGCCAAGUCGGAGGAUUCCUGCUUAUACUUAGAACCCACGAGUCAGUGUCUGAGCAGAACUUUGCAACAAACCAUGCUUUAAAACUAAGCAACCAAGAAGAAAAAUGCCUAUCUUUGGCUAAAGGGGACAAUCCUUUCCUCAACCCGUCUCCGGAUAAAUCAUGAAACAUUGGCUAAACAUUUCUCUUAUACAGAUCUUCACCCUGGCUGCCUUCGGCUUGACAGAGAAGCUCCCUAAAGCUCCAAUCGUCACCACUCCUCUUGAGACUGUGGAUGCGCUGGUUGAAGAGGCAGCCACCUUUGUGUGUGUCGUAAAAUCUUUUCCCCAGGCAGAGAUUACCUGGACACGUAAUAACAUUCCUAUCAGAUUUUUUGAUACUAGGUAUGCCAUACGAGAAAAUGGCCAACUCCUAACUAUUCUGAGUGUGGAAGACAGUGAUGAUGGGAUAUAUUGUUGUACUGCAAACAACGGGGUAGGAAUAGAAGCAGAAAGCUGUGGGGCAUUACAAGUGAAAAUGAAACCGAAAAUAACCCGUCCACCUUCAAAUCUGAAAAUCAUUGAAGGAUUGAAGGCUGUUUUCCCAUGCACUACAAUGGGAAACCCCAAGCCUUCAGUUUCCUGGAUCAAAGGAGAAAAUGUGAUAAAGGAAAAUUCUCGAAUUGCUAUUCUUGAAUCAGGCAGUUUAAGGAUUCAUAAUGUGCAGAAGGAAGAUGGUGGACACUACCGCUGUGUGGCAAAGAACAGCCUCGGGACAGCCUACUCUAAACCUGUAAUUCUGGAAGUGGAAGUUUUUGCUCGAAUUCUGAAGGCUCCUGAAUCCUAUAACGUCAGCUUUGGCUCUGUGGUAACCCUGCAAUGUGUAGCAACAGGCAUUCCAACUCCUACAAUAACAUGGCUUGAAAAUGGAAAAGCUGUGUCAGCUGGAUCCAUUGUAGAAACAGUAGAAGACAAAAUGAUUGAUUCCCGGCUGCAGGUUUAUGUCACUCGGCCAGGUUUAUUCACCUGUAUAGCCACUAAUAAGCACAGUGAGACUUACGGCACUGCAAAAGCUGCAGCAACUAUUAAUGUUUCAGAAUGGAGCAAAGUCUACAAAGGUGAUGCAGGCUACUGCAGUUCAUAUCGGGGAGAGGUGUGUAGUGCUUUGUUGGCAAAGGAUGCAUUUGUUUUCUUUAAUACUUCCUAUGGAGAUCCGGAGGAGACUCAGGAACUGCUUGUUCGCACAGCCUGGGCUGAGCUGAAAACCGUGAAUCCGUUUUGCCGUCCAGCUGCUGAGUCGCUGCUGUGUCAUUACAUCUUCCAGGAGUGCAACCCCUCCAGGAUUGGACCUGCUCCAAAACCUGUUUGCAGAGAGCAUUGCCUUGCUGUAAAGGAUCUCUACUGCUUUAAGGAAUGGCUUGCGAUGGAAGAAAAUGCCCGCAAAGGCAUUUACAAGCCGGCACUGAUGUUGCUUACUUUGCCAGAGUGUAACAGACUUCCCAGCAUGCACCAGGAACCCACUGUCUGCACCAAGAUCCCACAUUUUGAUCUGAAAAAAGAAGGCACAACAAAAACUUGUUACAAAGGGAAUGGGGUGACAUAUGAAGGUUCGGUGAAUGUCACAGCUUCUGGCAUUCCUUGUCAGAAGUGGAGUGCACAGGUUCCUCAUGCACAUAGAAAAACACCUGAGAUUUUCCCAGACCUCUUCAAUGCAAUCAAUUAUUGUCGUAAUCCAGGGGGAGAAAAUGCGCGGCCCUGGUGUUAUACAAGAGAUCCUUCUAUCCCGUGGGAAUACUGCCACGUACCUCAGUGUGAAGAUGAUUCCUUGACACUAGGAACAACAAAGUUGAGUACAACAUCUCCACAUUUCCCUUUCUUCUCCUCUCUCUCUUCUACCUACUCCAUGACUGUCAUCAUCUCUGUCAUCUCCAGCUUUGCAAUGGUCAUCAUUCUCAUUAUUACAGUUCUUGUUUGUUGUCGGAGACGCAAGCAAUGGAAAAACAAAACCAGAGAAUUUGCACCACCAGCUCUGACAACUCUUCCUUCAGAGCUCUUGUUGGACAGGCUGCACCCCAAUCCUAUGUACCAACGCAUGCCUCUACUUUUGAAUCCCAAAUUAUUCAGUUUGGAAUAUCCGCGAAAUAAUAUUGAAUAUGUGAGAGAUAUUGGGGAAGGUGCUUUUGGUCGUGUCUUUCAAGCCAGGGCUCCUGGACUGCUUCCUUAUGAACCCUUCACAAUGGUUGCAGUGAAGAUGCUCAAAGAAGAAGCCUCAGCAGACAUGCAGGCCGAUUUUCAAAGAGAGGCAGCUCUCAUGGCUGAAUUCGACAAUCCAAACAUUGUCAAACUUUUAGGGGUAUGUGCUAUCGGAAAGCCCAUGUGUCUGCUUUUCGAAUAUAUGGCGUUCGGAGACCUGAAUGAAUACCUGCGUAACCGAUCACCACGCAGCCUCUGUAACCCAAACAACAACAACUUUGAGCCAAAGAUCAGACCCUCCAGUCCUAACAUGCUCACUCUUUCGUGCACUGACCAGCUCUGCAUCGCCAAACAAGUAGCAGCCGGGAUGGCCUAUCUUUCAGAACGCAAGUUUGUGCACCGGGACCUGGCCACCAGAAACUGUUUGGUCGGAGAAAACAUGGUGGUUAAAAUUGCCGACUUUGGCCUCUCCAGAAAUAUGUACUCUGCAGACUAUUACAAGGCCAACGAAAACGACGCCAUCCCCAUCCGUUGGAUGCCCCCUGAAUCUAUCUUCUACAACCGUUAUACCACGGAGUCUGAUGUCUGGGCCUACGGGGUGGUCCUGUGGGAAAUUUUCGCCUUUGGCAUGCAACCCUAUUAUGGGAUGGCUCACGAGGAAGUCAUUUAUUAUGUAAGAGAUGGAAAUAUCCUGUCGUGCCCAGAUAACUGCCCUUUGGAGCUGUACAACCUGAUGCGCCUUUGUUGGAGCAAGUUGCCUUCGGAUAGGCCGAGCUUCGCGGGCAUCCAUCGUAUUCUAGAGCGAAUGUAUGAGAGGGCAAUGGCUGCUGAACAGGUGUGAACUGUUCUCUGAAGCAAGGGACUCUCAAACUGAACCCUUCGGGUGUAUUGGAUAACAAAUCUGAGAAUUCCCAGACAGACUACUGUAGCGCUAUGCCUGGGAGGGGGGGUGGAAUUGGGUUGGGAAAGACCAUUCUUGAAGGCAGCAUGUCCUUUCUUCUUCCCUGAAUGUUUACACUUGGAAAAAGAAAGAACUUGCACUUACCACAUCAUCCGUCUUUGUCAUUAUGAUUCAGGCAAUGUUUCCCACAGGAAAGUGAAGCAGGGUCCAAAAGAGACAUCGUUGCAACUGGUUUUUUGUUUUUUUUUAUAAAUAACUCAUGAUCUACGUAUCAUUUUUAGUUUUAAAACUUUCAAAUAAAACUUUUUGCCGUGCCUCGGAAUCCAACCUGUCUAGAAAAGACAUCAAAACGGAUUUGAAAAACAAAAUAACAGUCGGCUAAGUCAGUAGCAGAACCUCAAGUACAAUAUGAGCUGAAAUAACAGACAAGCCUCAGGUGUCUCAGGUUUCAGACUGUUUCUGAAAACCCAACUCCAAACAAUUUCGAGAAUAUCACUGUUGAUUUUACACAGCUGUCUCUCUGUAUAUAGUUAUUUUACCUGAAUCUGAGUGUUCUCUGAUCCAGCUUUGUGACCUAUUCUGACUGAAAGGGCCUUUGGACAGUGAUCUUUCCUGUUCUCUAUUAGAUUGUUUAAUUGACGACAUGAGGGAUUGUAUUCGAGACCACUACCGUACCAUGGAAAUGAAAGGUUCCAUCACUGAAUGAUUUCUUAGAGCAGAUGCAGGGAAGGCUGUUCUAGUGGAAUUAGAUGAAUACCACAGCUAUAGCUGGGAGGUUGGAAUGAAAAUGGAAGACAUUGUGCAGAUCAAGUAGAAUCUUUGUUUAUGAAACAAAAAAAUAAAUCUGUUUGGAGAUGGGAAAACAAUUGUGCAGUGGAAGUGAGAGUUUGCACAAAAGGUCCUGUUUUUAAUUCAUGAUCUAGUGAUUUGAGGAGAUGAACUAGUUGGUCAAAUUCAGGGUGCAUUCUAAUAUCCGCUGCUCCACCCUGCCAAGUCUUCUAAUUUGACCUUUCACAGAGAUAGGAAUUGAAUGAGUGUUAGUGGUUAUACCAAACAGUGGUUUCUAUUAUUGCCAAUUUUAGUUUAACUAUCAUUCUAACAGAUAUUUUAAUUCAAGGAACAGUGGUUGCUGAGUCAAAUGAUUGACUGGUUAUGUGCCAGCAGAUAAGUGUUAACUUUUAGCAGCCAUAUAGAUAGAUUUUCCUCCCCAUGAUGAUCUAUCCCUAAUAGGAUCCCUUCAGAGCUUUUAGUGAUGCAUCCAUUGCCACUGUAAUUGUCCUUGUUGCUGAUCAUUCACCUUUUCCCUUUCCUUAACUUUUCCCAGCACAAUAGACUUCUCAAAAGAGCUAGUUCUUAUUAAAAACUUUCCAAAAGAUGAUAAUUUGAACCUACUCAUUUCAACUGCAGGUGAAAUCAAUUUGUUCUAUGAUGAAUAUCUUUGUUUUUUUGAUGGUCCAGGUAUUUUCAGGAUUAUUCCCCAGCACCAAAGUUCAAAAAACAUCAAAACACCCUUUCUAUUCUGCUUCUUCAAGAUCCAACUUUCUUUUCCAUAAAGAGUCUACGGAGAUUCUCAGUCAUCCAGGUCAUGGUUGUCCCAAAGAUGCUUUUUCAAGAGGCAACUUGACUUUCUUUGAAGACAUUUUGCUUCUCAUCCAAGAAGCUUUUUCAGGGAAUACUAUUUCUUGCCCUUUUCUGAUAUUUCUAGUUGUAGACUUUUUAUGAUAUCUGAACAUUUUUUCCAAAGCUUUCAUGGUUGCUUUACCAAGCGCUAAUCUCUAACCUAUUUCUUGACUGUUUAUUCCUUUACUGUUGAUGGUUGAUCCUAAAAGGAAGAAACUAUCCACCACUUUUUAUAUCUUUGUUGCCAAUUCUAAGGCUAAUAGUUCUAUUCGUACCAUGGGUUUUUUUUUUGUUCUGCAGUUAAUUUUAGUUCAUUGUUUUCAUUAAGUUGAAAACUAAUGGAGGCAGGAAAGAGGCAACAAUAGAUUCUUCUUCUAAUCAUGUUUCCAUACAUUCUCACACCCAUUCUGUACCCUAGUGGUGAAAUUCAAAUUUUUUUAGUACUGGUUCUGUGGGUGUGGCUUGGUGGGCGUUGCAGGGGAAGGAUACUGCAAAAUCCCCAUUCCCUCCCCACUCCUGGGGAAAGGAUAUUGCAAAAUCUCCAUUCCCACCCCACUCUGGGGCCAACCAGAGGUGGUAUUUGCCGGUUCUCCGAACUACUCAAAAUUUCUGCUACUGGUUUUCCAGAACCUAUCAGAACCUGCUGGAUUUCAGCCCUGCUGUACCCCAAAUUCAUCUUCUUAAAGGACAGUUUGUUUAAAGCUGGAUUCAGCAGGAGGUCUUGCUAUUAUACAUUAAGAGAAUUUAGAAACAACUGGUUGCAUUUUCUCUGUCUGCGAUACCUCACAAAGCUGCCUAUUACCAGCUCCUUAUUUUCCUCACUGAAUCCUAUAUAUGGCUCACAAACUUCUAGGACCAAAAACAAACACCUAGAUUAUCUGGCCAUAAUGCCACAUCUCUUGAUGGAUGGAUUUCUUAACCAAGCAUCAAUGCCCUGUUGGAGGUUUUAUUAAGAAUGGUGUCAUACAAGUGGUGAAAGGUAAAUAAAUGUUUUCACAGCCUUUUUUCUUAAUAAAGCCUUCAUUGGUAUACUGUGAGUUGGCCUCAUCCUGGUGACUUUUGGCGGUGAUGUAGUGGUAGAGUUGAAAAGAAACAUGGCUCUUUCCAGCCUAGCAUUCCAACCUUUGUGGGAUUAGUGGGAAAUAGAGAGUCAAAGUCUAUGAUGCUUAGUAGCUUGUGGUUGCAAAGCAAAGGAGCAUAUGUUCCUCUAACUGGGGAACACCAGUUCUCAGGUAACUGGUCCAGUAUAUCUGCAGAGCUCCAGGUUAGGAAAGGCUGCUGAAAUCCUUUCUUGCAAAUAGGUAAGAGGGAAUAAACAAAGACAAAUCUUGUUUUAUAUUUUUCAGUGGUAAAUACUAUUAUAAGUAUAGAUUGGGAGCUAUUAUUUUGAUUAAAUACUGUAUUGGUUUCAGAAAUUUUAAUUGGUUUAUCCAAAAAUAAUGUAAAAUACAACAGAAAAUAGUAGGAAAGCAAGGGAGGGAAACGUGUAGGGCAAGGGAAGAAAGAAAGAAAAGGUGUUGAAUUCUGACUCCUUUUGGUGCAGUAGAAUAAGAUAAUAGCAUCAAACCUCAACUUUUUACUUUUAUAUAAUCAUAUAGACUAGCCAUUUCUAAAACAACAAACCUAUCUAAUUGGCAAAAGCGAAAAUCAAAGCUUCAUUUUUUUCCGCCUCAAGCACAAAGUCCAAAAGCAGUUUCCAAGUAGAAACAAAAUUAAUUAUGUUCUUUUCUUUAAUCAGAGCAGUCAAUUUGGCCAUCUCUGCUAGCUCCAUCAACUUUUGCAGCCAUUCAUCCAUUGCAGGAGUCAAAGAGUCCUUCCAUUUUUGUGCAUAAAGUAAUCUUUAUGAUUACUCUGUGGCUCAGACUGCUAAGACAGGCUGUUAUUAACACAGCUGCUUGCAAUUACUGCAGGUUCUAGUCCCACCAGGCCCAAGGUUGACUCAGCCUUCCAUCCUUUAUAAGGUAGGUAAAAUGAGGACCCAGAUUGUUGGGGGCAAUAAGUUGACUUUGUAUAUAAAUAUACAAAUAGGAUGAAGACUAUUGCUAACAUAGUGUAAGCCGCCCUGAGUCUUCGGAGAAGGGCGGGAUAUAAAUGCAUAUAAAAAAAUAAAAUUAAAAAAUCUUGCUGCCAUCAACAAACAGUAUAUAACAUCAAAGUACCAUUUUUUAUUCCAAAAUCUUUUUCCUUUAAACCCAAAAGAAAAGCCUCUGGUUUUAUCUUCAUAUUCACUUUAACAAUCUUCUGUAUUAAGAUGUGACUCCUACUCCAAUAUUUCUUUGCUUUGUCACAUGUCCACCAGAUUAAAUACUGUCUCAAGGGGAGUUUAAGUUGCCUUUCUAUUGCCCUUUUAUAGUUUUCUCUCUUUGGGGUUUGAAUAUUUGAAUAUAUCUCAUGUUAUGUUCCCGCCCAUGUCAUUUGAACUCGUAAUGGUAGGUGCAGUUUCAUUUCAUAGACUAGAUUAUUGCUGUUUUACUGAUAAUAUAUCAGGUUUCUAAAUUAAGAUAUCAGUGCAGUUAACCAAAGCACAUCCCAAAACAAGAAAUUUAAAGUUUAUGCUUGGAUUUAAAUACUGGAUGGGGAAUCCAAGCGGAAUCCAGAAAGGGUCAAUUGACAUGUUUCGUGGUGAAUCUAAGUCAUAACAAUCAAUAUUUGUUACUUUUGUAUAACCAGAUAUCAUGCAAAUCAAACAGUGACUGACAAAUCAGAAACAACUACUCAUAGAAAUUGGUCAUUGUCCUCUGCUAUUUUGUUUAAAUACAAAUGCAAAGGAUCUCACAAGCAUUUCAGGCAGCUGGGAUGGACACAUUUAUACAAUAAGAUCAGAAUUUUCAAAAGCCAAAGUCUAGAGCAGGGGUCAGCAACCUGCAGCUCUGGAGCCACAUGUGGCUCUUUCACCCCUCUGCUGUGGCUCCCUGUCACUCAAAAUAUGCGUCACAAUGUGCGAUACCUGCCGGCACGUGAUUUAUUGAGCUUUUCAACUCCCAGUAGGCCACCCAGGGAUAAAUCCAAGAAAACAAAAAUUUCAGAAGAAAACUGAAUGCUUAAUUCAACUACAUAUGCUAGUUUUGUGGCCGCUCAAGAAAUAAUCAAGCAUGGGAAGGGUUUUGUGGCUCCUAUUUUCUUUUCUGUGGGAAACAGGUCCAAAUGGCUCUUUGAGUGUUUAAGGUUGCAGACCACUGGUCUAGAGUAAUUAGGGCUUUUUGUAUUUCAUUAACUGGGACUUGAAUGGGGAGGUUCAAGGUUUCCUUUUUCCAUAGCUUUGCCUACCAUUGCAAAGAUGCCAUAUCAAGGGUUAAUUCUGGAAAUCAAUGUAUGCAAUGUAUAAACCUGUUUCUAGUUUUAUAACUUUUGUUUCACAAAAUAUAGAAAUAAACUUUAUUUUACAUUGAUACUGGAGACU